AGGAUUACCAUUACUGGAUUUUGACUUAGCGGUUUAGCGCGCCAUGUUAACCAGAGUGCACCCAUCUGAACGCGCCUCUGCAGCUACCAGCGAACAGCCACAGGCGAUAGCUACAAUCGCUGGCGACAUGUCCAGGGAAAACGCGCCUCCCGUGGUCGUUCGCUGUGCCCCCAAGGGGUUCGCGACGGGGUCCUCCAACGCUUCAUCGAUUAACACGGAGCCUGUAGGACGCCGGAGCGAAGACAACGUGCUGCCAAUCAACAUAUACUCAUGUGUAUACGCAUGCAGCCCGACGUCUGGCCACCCAAGGGCAGCCGAAGCAGUGGUCGUCAUGUUGCUAACGGUGGCCGCUCAGCUCUUCAUCGCAGCCGUCAUCCUCGAUCAGAGCGCACAAAACGCAACGGGCUUCUCGUCCGGACUGGAACUGAUAGCUGGCAUAUUGCUGGCCGUCAUCGUCACCGUAAGCCACAUGCGUUCGGACGUCCUGCCUUGCUGCAAAUUCGCAACCUACCUAAUGUCAUUCGGACGCUCAUGGACAAAAUGGCUACUCGUCGCCAUCUACUACGUCGUCUGUGUUAUUAUCACAGUUGCUAGUAUUUUCCUUGUCCUUAGCGUGGAAAGUGCGCCUCUCUCGCUCCUCGCCGCGGCUGGUGGAAUCUUACUAGCGCAACUUGACGACAUCAUCUUCGGCCUUUGGCAGCGCGACGGCAGCGCAACCAAGCUAUCAAGGGGCCUAUUCACUCGCCUCUGCUGUUGCGGUUGCUUCGACGAAACCCGGACCAAGGUAGCUGAAGACGCGGAGGCCCCUGCUGCCGUGGUGGUCUCGCUUCCCAGCCUUAGGUUGGACCAAAACGUCGAGGAUGCUGCCACAGCAGCCAAACAGCGCAAAGUUGCCAAAUGGUUGCCACGCAUUUUAGUGUUUCUCUACAUAGCGAUAGCUAUUUUUGCCAUCGCAGUUGCCGUUUAUACUGGCAUGGCUAUUGAUGACGAGGACAUUACGGAUAGUAAGGAUGGUAAGUGAGGUUGGUGACGAUGGUGACGAUGAUGAUGUUGAAUUGUUGAUUAUCUUGGUUGGUAGGGCAGCAGCGGCCAUCAAUCUGCAACACGUUACUAUACACAUCUGGUGAUGAAGGCAUGCAUGGUUCAUCCUCGCUGACCUCGCCUGUUGUUGCAGCUUUCAUCCAUGAUGCAUCGUGGCUAAUACGGCGUGCAUAUGCGUGGCUUGGCAAGCCUCCGAUUUGGCACGCUGCUGAAGACCUGUGGGUUUACCCGCACAGCCGCACUCUACGGUCACCUCAUUACCCGUUUUGCCCAAAUCAUGACUUUCUACCUGCAUCGCUGUGCACCAACCUGUUGCAGCGUCAAUGAGCACGUGUGGGGCAUAUGCCGCAGUACAACCAUGUCGCCUAUCUGGCAUGCAUGUGGCCUGUUCUGGCACUGCAGCAAUCCAUGGGCAAGCGGACCUGUCGUACUAGGAUGUAGCCUUCACCGCUAGUUUCCAGGACAAGGAAAUAAGCAUUACGUUCAUUACUACAUGUUCAGAGUGAUGUCGUGCCAUACAUGGUGUUUGCGGUUCUAAUAAGUGUUCUUUGGGGGCGGUCAACUCCUCUAGAUAUUUGCUGUCUGUUGCAAGCAUUUCGAUUUGGAUUAGCUGGGUUACCGUAACGACUAGUGAACAGUGCAUGGUGGGAGUCCGAUAAAGGUGGUGUUUAGAAACACCGUUUGUCUUUGAAGUCAGAAGCACAGACCGAUUACGCAGAAGUGAACUUGGUGACGGCCUUGGUGCCCUCCGACACAGCGUGCUUGGCCAGCUCGCCAGGCAAAACCAGG